CUCAAGGUUGGCAAUUCUGGCUACACAUCAUAACCACAACGUGACGUUACCAUAUAUUGUUGCUUGUGUCUCUGAUCACUUGAUUGACAGCUAUCUUACGCGGAGGGUCUUAAUCAAACUAUCAAAAUUGAGAAUAAAAUGCGACGAACUCAUUCAAAUUAUGCCUAUGAACCAGUACCAACAACAUCAACUCACAAUGGGUUGGAAGACGAGAAUGAAAGAAUGACAGAUCACCUAAAGGAUAAAAUUCAUGCACUGAAGUCCUUGUCAAUUGACAUUGGAAAUGAAGUGCAAUAUCAGGAUAAAAUGCUUCGUGGAAUGGAUGAAGAUUUUGAAAGAACAAGCGGUUCCUUAACAGGAUCUGUGGCAAGAGUCUUACGCUUAUCCAAAGGAAGUCAUACUUAUUACAUUUUAUAUUUAUUCCUAUUCUCUAUAGCUGUCUUUUUUGUAUUGUGGAUAGCAAUGAAAUUUUUUUAAAUGAAAAACCUUUAAGAUUGAAAGAUAUUCGGAGGGUGCAAUCAUUCCUAAAUUAUUUUACUACAUGCAUACAUACAUACAAUAAUUUUCGAUUAUAAUAUGCAAUUGUGUAUAAAGGUCA